AUCGCCGGGGUGGGUGCAAGAUGGCGCAAGCGGAGCUCCCCCUGCGCCCCCCGCGUUCCUAGGCAGGCAUGCGGCCCCAGCCCCCCGCCGCCCGGGCUCGGCCCCGGCCAGAGCCCCGGCCCCGGCCCCGGCGCCGGCCCCGCGGGACACUGUGAGCCGCUAGAGGCCCGGGAGCUGCUCGUCGCCGAGCCCAGCGGACCGAGAGCCCCAUGGCUGCGCCGCGCACCGCGUCUCCGCGCCGCCUGCCCGCGCCGCGCUGGCCCUGGCUCUUGCUAUCGCUGGUGCUGCCGCUACUACUGUCCGCGCCAAGCGAGGGUCUUGGCCACUCUGCCGAACUGGCAUUUGCUUUGGAGCCCAGUGAUGAUGUUGCAGUCCCAGGGCAACCUGUAAUGCUGGACUGCAAAGUGGAGGGGACCCCUCCAGUGCGAAUCACCUGGAGGAAGAACGGGGUGGAGCUGCCAGAGAGUAUUCACUCUACCUUGCUGGCCAAUGGGUCCUUGCUGAUCCAUCACUUCAGGCUGGAGCGGGGAGGCAGCCCUUCAGAUGAGGGUGAUUAUGAGUGUGUGGCUCAGAACCGCUUUGGACUGGUGGUCAGCCGGAAGGCUCGAAUCCAGGCUGCAACCAUGUCUGACUUCCACGUGCACCCGCAAGCCACUGUGGGUGAGGAGGGCGGUGUGGCUCGCUUCCAGUGCCAAAUCCAUGGGCUGCCCAAGCCUCUGAUCACAUGGGAGAAGAACAGAGUCCCCAUUGACACGGACAACGAGAGAUACACACUGCUGCCCAAGGGAGUACUGCAGAUCACAGGACUUCGGACUGAGGACAGUGGUGUUUUCCACUGUGUGGCCUCGAACAUUGCCAGUGUUCGGAUCAGCCACGGGGCCAGGCUCACGGUGUCAGGCUCAGGCUCCGGGGCCUACAAGGAGCCAACGAUCCUUGUGGGGCCUGAGAACCUCACCCUGACAGUGCACCAGACUGCAGUGCUGGAGUGUGUCGCCACGGGCAACCCGCGCCCCAUUGUGUCCUGGAGCCGCCUGGAUGGCCGCCCCAUUGGAGUGGAGGGCAUCCAGGUGCUGGGCACCGGAAACCUCAUCAUCUCAGACGUGACAGUUCAACACUCGGGCGUCUACGUCUGUGCGGCCAACAGGCCUGGCACCCGGGUGAGGAGAACCGCCCAGGGCCGGCUGGUGGUACAAGCCCCAGCCGAGUUUGUCCAGCAUCCCCAGUCCAUCUCCAGGCCGGCUGGGACCACAGCCAUGUUCACCUGCCAAGCCCAGGGUGAGCCGCCCCCUCAUGUCACGUGGUUGAAGAAUGGCCAAGUGCUGGGGCCAGGAGGCCACGUCAGGCUCAAGAACAAUAACAGCACACUGACCAUUUCUGGAAUUGGACCUGAAGAUGAAGCCAUCUACCAGUGUGUGGCCGAGAACAGUGCCGGCUCUUCCCAGGCCAGUGCCAGGCUGACCGUGCUGUCUGAGGGACUGCCUGGGCCCCCCCGCAAUGUCCAGGCUGUCUCUGUGUCAUCCACUGAGGUCCGUGUGUCCUGGAGUGAGCCCCUGGUCAACACCAAGGAGAUCAUCGGCUACGUCCUGCACAUCAGGAAGGCAGCCGACCCACCAGAGCUGGAGUAUCAGGAAGCAGUCAGUAAGAGUACCUUUCAGCACCUGGUGAGCGACCUCGAGCCCUCCACAGCCUAUAGCUUCUACAUCAAGGCUUAUACACCAAGGGGGGCCAGCUCAGCCUCCAUGCCCACCCUGGCCAGCACCCUGGGUGAAGCUCCUGCCCCACCCCCACUGUCCGUGCGGGUCCUGGGCAGCUCCUCCCUGCAGCUGCUGUGGGAGCCCUGGCCCCGGCUGGCCCAGCAUGAGGGUGGCUUCAAGCUCUUCUACCGCCCUGCCAGCAAGGCCUCCUUCACAGGUCCCAUCCUGCUGCCUGGAACUGUCUCCUCCUACAACCUCAGCCGGCUUGACCCCAGUGUGGUGUACGAGGUAAAGCUGCUUGCCUACAACCAGCAUGGGGAUGGCAACGCCACAGUCCGCUUCGUGUCUUUGAGGGGAGCCUCUGAGAGGACAGCUCUGAGCCCCCCGUGUGACUGCCGGAAGGAGGAUGCCACCAACCAGACGUCCACCACUGGCAUCGUCAUUGGCAUCCACAUCGGGGUCACCUGCAUCAUCUUCUGUGUCCUCUUCCUACUGUUUGGUCAAAGGGGCAGGGUCCUCCUGUGUAAGGAUGUGGAAAACCAGCUCUCCCCUCCCCAGGGCCCGCGGAGCCAGAGGGACCCUGGCAUCCUGGCCCUGAACGGGGCAGGGCGGGGAGAGCGGGCCCAGCCAGGCCGAGGUAAGAAGUGCGCUGAUGCCAAGGAGCUGGAGCAGCUGUUCCCCCUGGCCGGGAUGGCAGGGCCACCUGGCCCCAGGCCCACUCAGGACCCAGCAGCCCCUGUCCCGUGUGAGGAGACCCAGCUCUCCACGCUGCCACUGCAGGGGUUUGGUCCUCUAGACAGAAGGACAGCAGAGGCCAAGGCCCCCUGCACCGGCCCUGUGGCUGCCCUGCUGCCCCUGGACAGGGGCCCCAUCCUCCUCAGCGAGGGACAGGCGGUCCCACCUUCUGCAGCACCAGCUGCCCAGCCAGCUCACUCCGGACAGUAGCCAGUGUCUGGCAGGCUCUGGAGGGGGUAGUCCCCCAUUCUCAGGUCGAAGGCAAGAUUUCUCCUGUUAUGUGGGAUUCAGAUGGCCCUGGGGCUGCCCAGCAUUUCUGUCCUGACUGAAAGACGGUAGGCCAGACCUGAGGCGGCCUUGGCAGGGACCCUGGAACUGGAGGGGUCCCGCAGGACCCUCCCACCCCUAGGCUGAUCCCUGGCUGCUGCCUGGUCCCCACAUGAGUCGGAACUGGACGGAUGGUGUCCUUUCAACAUCAAAACUUAGAAGAGAGAGGAAGGUGAAUUCGAGUCCAGAACCACACCCGCCGCUCCGCUCCCUGGUCUCCUCAGGACGGAGCUCCGCUGCGGCUCCGCACUACCUCAGCCGGAAUGAAUGUCCUCGGGGGAGUGGGGCGGUCGCCUGGCUCCUGCCCCACAGAACCCGUGCACCUACCUCAAGCCCCUCCAUGGGCACCCCUCCCUCCCUCCCCACGUUGUGUCCAGAGUUAAGAAAGAGAAAAAGAAAAAAGAAAAAAAAAAAAAGCUCUUCCCCAUUUCAAGGUGUGAAAGAAAGCAUCUACCUCAAGGCUCCGGCUCCGGGGCCUGUGACCCUGGACCCUCUGCCUGGCCUCUCCUCUGCCUGCGGCCCUGCUGGCCUCCCCCCCCAGAGAGGAGGCCUAGGCUAAGUAUCCGAUGGGGCCUACAGGAAUAACGGGGGAACUGGUCAGAGAGAAAAUGUGAAAAAGCCAAAAAUGAGAGGACAUUUAUUCCUCGAAAUAUAAAUUGUCCCAAACUAGCCCCUCCCAGCACGCUGCUCUGCUCCAUCUCCUGCCUCCUGCCCACCCGGUGUUAACCCUCUUGGCAAACCUGUCCCCCAUCGGGAUCCCCACACACCCUCCCUGACUGGGCCUGGGGAGGUGGGCCGUCACCCACAGCCUGCGUCCUGUCCUGCCUCCCGGAGCAGCCUGGACCCUGAAUGUGCAGCGCAUGUGUGUGGGUGCGUGUCCCCUGGGCAGAGGCCGCCAGCCCUUGGUGUGGCGGGCCAGCAGCUGACCCUCCGCUGGACAGCAGACACCCUCUGUCAGCAGAUUUAGCCGGGAGCUGUCUUUAUCCGAGGUGUGUCUAAGGUCCUUGUGACUUUUCGUUUCUCUUUUCUGUUGUGUUGCUCUUUGAACUACUUAGGUGAAGAAGAAAAACCAAGGAAACAAAUACCUAUUUUGGUUACACUCAGAAACAUUUUUUUAAAUAGAAGAAGGAAAACUUUUUUAAAAAAAUAAAUAAAAGAUACGUGUAUUCCUUAAGAAUGAGACUAGAACAUAAAGUCCUUGACCCUCACCACACCCUCUAGGGACACCCCGCCCUGAAAUUUAGUUAUUAGCAGAAGAAGGUAGAAUUUGUGGUGAUUUCCUAGGAAACUAGAGUAGUGUCAGUGUGACUGGGAAAGGGGGGUCCUCCCUCCCCAGGGAGGGAGAGGGCAGUGCCAGGUCUCCCUGCUCUGAGGCAGUCCCCUCUGUCCCCACAGAGACUUCCUUCUGGAGCCUCCCUUGGGGAGGGUGGGGCUGGGGCCACCCAGCCUGACUUGGGUUUUGUCACACACUACUCAUUUUGAUUGAAUAAAAGU